AUGCGGAGAAAGGUCACAGCGCUGGAGAAGGUCGAUGCCGAUCUCGCCGGACUGCAAUACAGGAUCAGGAAAGACCCCUUGGCUUACGAGAAGGAGUUCCUGGAGGUGUGGUCGCAGUACGAGGCAGCACACGAGAAAUAUCUCGCUGAUCCGAUCGGCGCCGAUGCGAACGGACUCGUUACGUGGCGAGAGCAGAUAGAUAUGGUGGCCCAUGUCGCCGAAUUGUACCCUCAGAUAACCGCGGGCUUCCCCGACGACCUCAGAGAAGUCCUGACCAGACACCAUGCCGUCCUCGAACCGAACCUCCGCGAGAAGAUUGUUUCCAGCCUCACGUUGCUUCGGCGGAAGGACGUGGUCGAUAGCACCUACAUACACACCGCCUUGUUCCCCAUCCUUAUAACGACACCGUCGAAGACACUGCGAAUGCUUCUGUAUCAGAAAAUACUCAGCGAUAUCCGAAAUGUCAACUCCAAGGCCUCGAACCACCGCGUCAAUCGCACCAUGCAAACCGUUCUAUUCAAUCUGGUGUCGGAUCCGACGUCGCCAAAAUCUAUCUGGGCCUGCAAGCUGGUGAGAGAACUUUGGAAGCGUCAGGUCUGGAAGGACUCCAAGUCGGUUGAGAUCAUGGUGCGCGCAAGCUUGAGCGACAACGAGAAGACCGUCUCCAGCGCUGUAGCUUUCUUCCUUUCUGGAGACAAGGAGCGCGAGGAGUUCGUUGACGAGGAUAGUGAAGAAGAGAAUAUUGAUAUGCGGAAGAUCAAGCACCAGGCCACAAUCAACAAGAAGACGAACAAGAAGAAGGCGGCUAUGGAGAAAGCUGCGGUCCGGGUCAAGAAACAGGAGCGAAAGAAGACGACUGCGCCGCACUUGCUCAACUUUUCUGCGCUGCAUCUGCUGCAGGAUCCUCAGGGGUUCAGCGAGACGUUAUACGAGAAGCAUCUGGCAAACAAACGCUCCAAGCUAGCACUCGAGACGAAGCUGCUAGUUUUGAGUCUCGUCACCAGAUUGGUCGGCUUGCAUAAGCUGACUGUCAUACCCCUAUAUUCCUGGUUCAUCCGGCAUCUUACUCCGCGACAACAAUCUGUCACAUCUAUUCUGGCAUCUCUCGCCCAGGCGACGCAUAAUCUGGUACCGCCCGAUGUGAUUGAGCCCCUGAUACAGAAGAUCGCGAAUGAGUUUGUCUCGGAGGGGUCGGCUUCAGAAGUGUGCGCCGCGGGUAUCAAUGCCAUCCGGGAGAUAUGUGUUCGUCAACCUCUGAGCAUGAACGAGACAUUAUUGCAGGAUCUCGUUGAAUACCGCAGGUCCAAGGACAAGGGUGUGUCGAUGGCUGCCAAGGGAUUGCUCUCCCUAUAUCGCGAUGAAGGUGCCGAAAUGUUGCGCAAGAAAGAUCGCGGCAAAACAGCGACCAUGGGACUCAGGAGUGGCGACCUGAAACAGCAGAAGUUUGGCGAGGAGCAGCUUGGUGAAAUAGAAGGCCUCGAAUUGCUUGCGAGGUGGAAGGAAGAGCAAAAGAAGCGAAAAAGGGCUGAACAGGGCCUGCCGGAACCUGAGGCUGGUGAAAAGAUCGACGACGAGGACGAUGGAUUCAACUCGGAUGAUUGGGAGGUUGCGUCGGCUGACAGCAGCGACUCUGGUGACUGGAUCAGAGUAAGCGACUCGGAAGACGAAGCUGUACCAGAUGCGAAAAAGCGAAAGGUGGACCCAGAAGAAGCCGACGAGGAGGGUCAAGAAACCGCAGGGGACGAGCCGAUGGACUUUAUGAAACUUGCGACCAGUCAGAUACUCACGCCGGCCGACCUCGCGAAACUGAAGGAAUUGCGGUUAGAAGCCGAAGUCGACAAGGCGACGGGCAACCGCAAGCGGAAGCAGGACAUGGAGGCUCGUCAUCUCGACGAGGGAUUGACUGCAGAGCAGAUUGAAGCGCCAGCCAGAUUACGGAAGAGCACCAAAGAAGAACGAGUGGCCCUAGCUAGAGAGGGCAAGGGGGAUCGUGACGAGCACAAAUCCACAUCCGCUAUACGUAAAUCCAAGAAGGAGGCGGAGGGCAAGUCCACUACCAACAAGGAAAAGGCGCGGAAGAAGAAUUUCCUCAUGACGAUUGGCAAAGCCAAAUCGAAGCAGAAGCGAAGUCUUGUGGACACGAGGAAUGCUCUCACAAACCACACCCAUGGCAGAUUCGAGUACCACAUUCCAGCUUGCUUCGAUGAGAAGCGGCUAGCGAUUGCUUAUUCGCGACUCCAGCACGACACCAAAACCGCAGACGAUCCUCUUGGUGCUCGACUACCUAGACCAGCAGCCGGGCCGGUGGUAUUUAACGACCGAGAAGAGUUCGCGCCUUUCGAACGGCGUCCUGAUGGUCCCCAAACAAUGCUCGACUGCCUCCACACCGACGCUCCGCAGCUCAGCCUGCACAUCGUGUCCUUCGCCGAUCUCGCUGUCAUGGCCACAUACUCUUUUGGACGCCAUGGGCCGGACGUCCCUCUUCAACGCUUGGAUCGUCGUGCUCGAAGGCCGACACGCCGACGUCCUGCCCCUGCGCGACGUAACGGAAGAUCUGCUCGCGUGUCUGGCUUCAACUCGCAAGAGCCAUAUGCGCUGGCCAACCGCCUACGCUCGCCGUUGCAGGCCCUGCUCUUCGCUGUGAUGUACCUUAGGGAUACUUACGUCUGGCAUCACGGCGAGUAG